AUGGCAGCAACGACUAAGAACAUCCUGAUCUUCGGCGGCACCGGCUUGAUCGGCCAACACAUUACCGACGCCAUACUGAGGAACAAGGACAAGUUUAGCAAGAUAGCAGUCUUCACGUCCAAGGACACUUUAGGGGCAAAAUCUGACAAGAUCGAUAGCCUCAAGGCUCGAGGCGCGGAGAUCAUUGUCGGUGACACCCAGUCUUCGACCGAUGUGAACGAGGCAUACAAUGGCUUCGAUACUGUGGUAUCAUGUCUGGGCAGACCAGUAAUCGACAGACAACUUCAGCUCAUUGAGCUCGCCGAUAAGCAUCCGGACAUCAAACGUUUCUUCCCCUCAGAAUAUGGCACAGAUAUCGAAUACUGGGAGAGUUCAGCCAACGAAAAGCCUCAUCAGCAGAAGUUGAAAGUCCGGGCGUUGUUGAAGACUGUCAAGAACCUAGAGUACACUUUCGUCGUCACUGGGCCAUACGGCGAUGCAGACGGACUUCUCUACCUCGCUGCUAAGAAGCCCGAAGACGAAGCAGAAGGCACCUUCGAUGUGAAGCGUAAGCGUGCUGUUCUCCUUGGCGACGGCAAGGGCAAGAUCUCCCUCACGACGAUGCGAGAUGUCGGCAAGCUGGUUGUCGCCGCCUUGCUGAAGCCAGAAGCGGUCAAGAACAAGGCCAUCCAUGUCAACUCAUUCACUGCCACACCAGAGGAAAUCGUGGUCGAGUUUGAGAAGCAGCUAGAUGCGAAGUGGGAUGUCGCGUAUUACAGUCUCGACCAGCUGAAGCAACUUGAGGAGGAAGCCUGGGCCGAAGGACUUCCAAAGGCCGGCACUAUUACGCUACGGCGGAUUUGGACCUCUGGUGGCACACUCUACGACAAGAGAGACAACUAUCUCGUCGACAUGGAGGAUAGAGUGGACUCACUCGCAGAUGCUGUGCGUCAAGCGAUAGCCAUCCAGCAGGAGGCAUGA